UGUAUCAUUCAUUGAAAAUGUACCCAAUGCAAAAUAACCUGUAUAUAUACUUUUCAGAAGUAAUUGAGAACAGCUCAGUAGGAACUAAAUCCAGAGGACAGACAGGGGGUCCCGAGUCAGUAAACAUACAAAAAUAAUUUAAAGACUAUCCCAUUGUUCAUAAAUACAUACAGCAUAAUAAUAAAAAAGCCUGAAAAUAAACUCUAUAUUUUGUGGUGUUGUUUUAUACAGGGGCAGCACAGUGGCAUGGUGGUUAGCACUGCUGCCUCACAGCUCCAAGUCCUGGGUUUGAUUCUGGUCACCGUGUUUGCGUGGGUUUUGUCUGAGUACUCUGCUUUUCUCCCACAGUCCAAAGACAUGCUGUCCAGGUUGAUUGGAACCACAAUUGCCCUCUGUGUGAGAGUGUGUGUGAGGCCCUGUGAUGGACUGCCUUGCGUUAACCUGUACUUCGCUACACUGCUGCCCUGUAAUGAGGAUUAUUAAUGUGUGUGUGAUUUUCUCAACAGUGGGACUAAACUGGGGGGAGAUUGAGGAAAAAGAGAGGACAUGGAAAAGAGACUGAGAGAGAUGGAGCAGGAAUGGUUGAGGGGAGAGAUGCGGGACAAAAUGAGGGAGAUAAAGAAAAAACUGAGGAGAGAUUUAGAGAAGAAACAUAAGAGAGAGGUAGAGGAACUCAAUAAAGAGAUGGAGAAGAAAUGGAAUGAGAUGGAGGAACUGAAGAAAGAGAUGGAGGAAAAACAGAAAGAGAUGGAGAAAAAACAGAAAGAGAUGGAGAAAAAACAGAAAGAGAUGGAGAAAAAACAGAAAGAGAUGGAGGAAAAACAGAAAGAGAUGGAGAAGAAACUGAGAGACAUGAAGGAGAUACUGAGAGAGGUGGAGGAGUAUCAGAAGAGAGAUGAGGAGGAACAGAGGAG